GCAUGUAGCAAAGCGGAAGUACGACUUCGAAAGAAAAAGAGAGAAAACUAAGCGUUUGAGGAUGAGAGGUAUUUCAUGUCACAACUACUCAGCAAAGAGAAAGUAAAUUAAGGUUGACUUUAGUUUAGAAAAGGUGCUAUUGGACUUUGUCAAAAAGAAUCAGUUAUUUUGGUAGAAAAAUGAAGAGAAUGAAGAACUUAUUCUUGGCAGUUGGCCUAUCAUUGACUCUAUGUUUUUUCUGCAAAACAGGAGCCAAUCAAUUGCAUUCUUGUGAAAGUAGAUGUGGUGAUUUAUUCGAUAAAGAAAUGAAUUGCCAGUGCAAUUAUAAAUGUGUUACAUUCAAUAACUGCUGUAACGACUUUUUACAAAAGUGCACCCGGAUUCAUUUUGCUGGAGCUACAUCCCUUGAAGGUUUGGUCAUCGUUCAAGAGAAGACGAAAACGAGGGACGUUGGUUUUAUCUGCCACGGUGGUAGAUGGUUAACAUGGGAGGCUUCCGCUGCAUGUGCUCAUCUCGGUUACUCGAACAAUGGAUCCAGUUAUUCGACCGAUACCUCGUUGAAUGUCUCCAUGCCCAUCCUACACUCAUACGCAUCAUGCGGUCCAGGGGCAAGGAAUCUCAGCCAGUGCACAUUCACUACCAAUAUAACUACACAGGAUUUAUGUUCAACUGAUUCACAAGUUGACUGCUGUAAAGGUCUUCUUGGGCUCACCUGCAUCGACGACAGUGAUGGCGAAAAGGCAACUGUGGACACUGCAAUCAGCACACCUGUCAUGUCGACUAAAACUCAUUCUUCAACUGUGUUGUCAUCCCAAUCAAUAAACACACCGUCAACAAUAACAGAACAUACGAAGAUUAAUGAGGGCAAAAACGAUAUGUAUAUCUACAUCAUAAUCGGUGUAGCGGUCGUUCUUCUCCUUAUCAUAGUCGUCUUGAUUGUGAUGGCCAGAUUUCAAAGAAAAAGCAGACAACGGUUACGCGAUCCACCUGCUUUUGGCAGUCCCCUCGUUACUAUGGGCAACGUAACUUCCGACCAAUCAGAGGACACCACACCGACCCCGUUACUCGCACGCGAGACGUUGUGUGUGAAGGAAAACGCAUAUGCCUCGGAUCCAACAUUGCCUCCCAGCAUGCCCGGUAUGGCAAACGAUGUGGAUGCCGCGGUGGCUGAUGGGGAAGAGCAUGAAUAUGCUUACAUGGACAUGCCUCCGAUCCGGAGUGGUAUUUCAGAAGAUCCCGUGCAUACGUAUAUGGAUACCGAAGUCUCUCUGGUGACGUCACGUCCACUGACAUGUGAGCAAAACGAUGACGGGUUGAUUGAUAAUGUACUGUAUCAGACAUCAAAUUAAAUUUAUUCAAUAUCGCAGUUUUAGCAAAAUUAAAGGAUAUAGACGACUUACAUCGUUUAAUAAAGAAGGCGUCUUUUGUAAGAAAAAUUGCAAAAAGGAGAUUGAAAAGUCAAUUUAGGCGUUAUGUUUGCUUACUGUUGAUCAUGUAUCUAAAAUUCUUUCUUGCUAUGCUUAAAUAAUGUUGUAAUUUUUUUAUGUUGAAUUCUAAAGUAUAUCAUGCUGUUUUUUGUACAGUGACGAUGUAAAUGAGAACAUACAAGUAAUACAUGUAAAAAAGAACACGUCUGGUUGGUCGUCAAGGGAGAGCGCUUUUAAAAGCUAUACUUUUCAACUGCAGUCCUUAUACAAGUAUACAAACAUUGAUUAAAUGUGUAUGGUAAUGCUACGUAGAGAGAUAAAUGUGUUUUCCAUCUGAUUUGAACAAUGACUGCUACGACUGGCAAGUCAAUAGUGAGGCAGAAUGAUUUUGAACAAAUUAAUAGGGACCUGUAUUGUAUUUAUUUCUCAUUCAUCGAAAAACAUGCUAAAUACAUCAGAUAUAAUUACAAAAUAAAAUACAAAAUGAAUACAUAUGAAUGGCUGGAUUGUCCACUCAGAGUGGUAAUUAUUACCACUCUGUUCUGCCAAGGGGUCCAGAACAUAAUAAAAUAUGAUACCUGUAUUUUUACGAAAUAUUGGUAUGCAUUAUUCCUUAGUAAAUCUUGUCUUUGUAUCAGAAAUAUUGAGCUUGAAUUUCUUGAAAAUUCAGAGAUUGAUUAAAGUUUGUCCAAUGGCAUCCACGGAUUAACAUGUUGAUAUCAUAAAUUUUUUACUGGAGGGGGGGGGGGUCGUAUUAUCACCUGCAGUAUUUUGCUAUUUUUAUUGUUGACACCCAAUUUGGUCCCGCUUUUGAACUUUUUAGAUUUCCUUUCGAAAGUGAAAAUAUUUGGUCAAGUACUGUGAAUUAUAA